CGGCAUUUUCUCUUAUAUAAACACCCUUCCUCCCCCUUUCUUCUUCACAAUUCUAUUCUAGCAAUCCUCUAUUUCUCUAUUUCAAGUUUCAACAACAAUCUUCUCAACAUGCAGAUCUUCGUCAAAACCCUAACCGGCAAGACCAUCACUCUCGAGGUCGAGAGUUCCGAUACAAUCGAUAACGUCAAGGCCAAGAUUCAAGACAAGGAAGGGAUCCCACCGGACCAGCAACGUCUCAUCUUCGCCGGAAAGCAGCUUGAGGACGGCCGUACUUUGGCUGAUUACAACAUCCAGAAGGAGUCAACACUCCAUCUUGUCCUCCGUCUCCGUGGAGGCAUGCAGAUCUUCGUUAAGACUCUCACCGGCAAGACUAUCACUCUUGAGGUCGAGAGUUCUGACACGAUCGAUAAUGUCAAGGCCAAGAUCCAGGACAAGGAGGGGAUCCCCCCGGACCAGCAGCGUUUGAUCUUCGCCGGAAAGCAGCUCGAGGACGGCCGUACCUUGGCCGAUUACAACAUCCAGAAGGAGUCAACUCUCCACCUUGUCCUCCGUCUGCGUGGAGGCAUGCAAAUCUUCGUUAAAACCCUCACGGGAAAGACCAUUACUCUUGAGGUGGAGAGCUCCGACACCAUCGAUAAUGUUAAGGCCAAGAUCCAAGACAAGGAGGGGAUCCCACCGGACCAGCAGCGUCUGAUCUUUGCCGGAAAGCAACUUGAAGACGGCCGUACCUUGGCCGACUACAACAUCCAGAAGGAGUCAACCCUUCACCUUGUCCUCCGUCUCCGUGGAGGCAUGCAGAUCUUUGUCAAGACUCUCACCGGUAAGACCAUCACUCUCGAGGUGGAGAGCUCCGACACCAUCGAUAACGUGAAGGCCAAGAUUCAAGACAAGGAGGGUAUUCCACCGGACCAGCAGCGUUUGAUCUUCGCCGGCAAGCAAUUAGAAGACGGACGAACCUUGGCUGAUUACAACAUCCAGAAGGAGUCUACCCUCCACCUCGUCCUUCGUCUCCGUGGUGGUAUGCAGAUCUUCGUCAAAACCCUAACUGGGAAGACGAUCACCCUUGAAGUGGAAAGUUCUGACACCAUAGACAAUGUGAAGGCAAAGAUCCAAGAUAAGGAGGGAAUUCCACCGGAUCAGCAGCGUUUGAUCUUUGCUGGGAAGCAAUUGGAGGACGGUCGUACCUUGGCCGACUAUAACAUUCAAAAGGAGUCGACUCUCCAUCUGGUGCUGAGGCUUCGUGGAGGUAUGCAGAUUUUCGUCAAGACCCUUACGGGGAAGACGAUAACUCUGGAGGUGGAGAGUUCUGAUACGAUCGAUAAUGUCAAGGCUAAGAUUCAGGACAAGGAGGGGAUUCCACCUGAUCAGCAGAGGCUUAUCUUCGCUGGGAAGCAGCUGGAGGAUGGGCGUACCCUGGCUGAUUAUAACAUUCAGAAGGAGUCUACCCUCCACCUUGUCCUCCGUCUUCGUGGUGCAAACCUCUUGAAGAUGCAGAUUUUUGUGAAAACUCUCACCGGCAAGACCAUCACUCUCGAAGUCGAGAGUUCCGACACCAUCGACAAUGUUAAAGCCAAAAUCCAAGACAAAGAAGGGAUCCCUCCUGACCAGCAACGUUUGAUCUUCGCCGGCAAGCAACUCGAAGAUGGCCGGACUUUGGCCGAUUACAACAUUCAAAAGGAGUCAACUCUCCACCUUGUCCUCAGGCUGCGUGGUGGCAUGCAAAUUUUUGUUAAAACCUUAACCGGAAAGACCAUCACUCUAGAGGUGGAGAGCUCCGACACCAUCGACAACGUUAAGGCGAAGAUCCAAGACAAGGAAGGAAUUCCUCCGGAUCAGCAGCGUUUGAUCUUUGCCGGUAAACAACUUGAAGACGGUCGUACACUUGCUGAUUACAACAUCCAAAAGGAGUCGACCCUCCAUCUUGUCCUCCGUCUUCGUGGAGGUAUGCAAAUUUUCGUUAAGACUCUUACAGGGAAGACUAUAACUUUGGAGGUGGAGAGUUCCGAUACAAUUGACAAUGUGAAAGCGAAGAUUCAGGAUAAGGAGGGAAUUCCGCCGGACCAACAAAGGCUUAUUUUUGCAGGGAAGCAGUUGGAAGAUGGAAGGACUCUGGCUGAUUAUAAUAUUCAGAAAGAGUCUACCUUGCAUCUGGUGCUUCGUCUGCGUGGUGGUGAAUUCUGAGUGUCUGCGUCAAGUUUUAAUUUUCUUGAUGAUUGUCUUGUAAUUGGCCUUUGGUUAGGUUGGUUUUAGUUGCUUCUUUUUAAGGUCUUCUUGUACUAUGUAUCUUUCUGAUUUCAAUAAGAAGCUUUUCGUUCGUAUUUAAAAUUUUAAA